AUGGAACUGCUCGUUUUUUCUUUGCGGUCGGUUUUUUGCCAAGUCUCAUAUAUGGAUGCAAGAAAACUAAAGGAGGGCACAAUUAUGCGUUAUAAAACAGUUCUUUUAGGCAAAAAAUGGAAAGAAUGUCAUGCUGUAUUGUUCAGCGAUUCAUCUUUUUGCUGGUACGAUAAAAAGGGAGAUUCACGUCCUGCUGGCAAAGUUCUUCUAAAAGAUUAUAUACCGUACAUCUGUGUUGGAUUGCUAUGCGACAGAAUGCCAAUACAAAGGCCGAAAUUGCCUGACAAUUACUCAGUGCACCAUUUGGUUGGAAUUGGAAUGGAUCCACAAGCCAACAAAGUUUUCUGGUUUUUGUUUUCGUCGGAUUCAGAUCUUGAGUCUUGGUUUAAUGAAAUUACGAAGACGUUACCUAAGCCAGUACAACCUGCUUCUCAAUUGCCCCCAAAUGUACCAACUUCAGUUCCGCAUUAUAUUUUGCAAAAUUGGAUUGCUUAUGGCAUUUCAGAUCCUCCUGCAGUUUAUCCAGCAAGUGCUCCUCUCCCUCCAGUACAGCAAUAUUCAGGUGGGCAACCAUCACUGGUGGGAUAUAGUUCGCCACCAUAUAGCAGCUAUCGACCAGAUCGAGGAUAUUCGAGUGGAAGUAGUAGCGGACCAGCGUUUGGAACUGGUCUUGGCGCUGGCAUUUUGAUGGGAUCGCUUCUCGGCUACGGUGUAGGUAGCUUUUGGGGUGGAGGAUUUUAUCCAAGCUGUGGAUUUGGUGGGCAUGGAAUGGCUUAUGGUAUGGGUGGCGGAUAUGUCCAGGAUAAUGACACGUAUAUAACGAAUAAUUACUAUGGUGGGGCGGGUCCAGAAACUGAUGCUGCUCAAAACACACUGGACGAUAAUACGAUGGUUGGCAAUGAUGUCGAUAAUAUAAUUAACCAUGAUGGUGAUACUGGCGCAGUUGAUGGUAAUAAUGAUCAUGGCGCAGAUUAUGAUUAUCGUAAUGGGGAUUAUGAUGACUAUGGUGGUGUUGAUUUCGGCGGAGAUGAUUUUGGCGGCGGUGAAUUUGGUGGCGAUAAUUUUGAUGGAGGUGACUUUGGUGAUUUCGGUGGUGGAGACUUUUGA